GGCGCUCGUUUUAAACAUGUAAGCUUUUCAUCCAUGCCCACAAAUUAAAGUCCAUUUCAAUUUAAGGGAAAAGGAAUCCAUAAUGAAUAAUAUAGAAAGACUGGAUGUUCAUCCUCGGAUAAUAUCAGCGCUAAAAAAGACAAAGUUAGCAAACAAGACCACAAUUCUCUGUAUGUCAGCUGCAGAUCUGGAAAGAGUCACAAAACUUUCUUCCUUUGAUGUCUCUGUUCUUCUUAAAGCUGUUUCACUUUCACUUCCCUGUCCACCGAUGAGAACUGCUUUGUCACUUUAUAAAAAUUCACAAGGACACAGAUUGUCUCUAGGGUGCCAAAUAUUAGAUGGUUUCUUGCAUGGGGGCUUCCUGAAUGAAGGCAUCACAGAGAUUACAGGAGUUAGCUCCUCUGGUAAAACACAAGUUUGCCUUCAACUUUGCUUGUCAGUUCAGUUACCUCACGAACAAGGUGGUCUUGGAGGAGGUGCAGUUUACAUUUCAACUGAGGAUGUUUUCCCCAGCAAGAGACUGCAUCAGCUUACACAAUGCUUCACCAAGAGUCAAGUACUUCAUCCAUCAAGUUGUAAACUGAAUCUCAACGAUAACAUUUUCAUUGAACAUGCAGCUGAUGUGGAUGACUUGCAAAACAUCAUUACACAUCGCCUGCCAUUGCUGCUGAACAGAGGAGCUAUCAAGCUUGUGAUUAUUGACUCCAUUACAGCUCUUUUUCGUGUGGAGUAUUCACUUGGAGAAACUUCCAAGAGGGCAAAGGUUUUAAGGUCUUUUGGUGCACAGCUUCAAAAACUCAGUCAUCUUCACUCUAUUCCAGUGAUUUGUGUAAACCAGGUCUCUGAUGUAAUUAAAACUGAGGGGAAUGGCUCAAGAAUUGGAAAUAAAACUGUUAUUCCAGCCCUUGGACUAGCUUGGUCAAGUAUGGUAACUACAAGACUGAUGUUGUCACGCACAGAGCAAUUGAUACAGCCCAAUGAUGGUGAAAGGAACCCUGUGAUCAAGAGAUGUCUGCAGAUUGUUUUUGCACCUCACCUCCCAAGCACAUCUUGUUUCUACUACAUAGAUACUGAGGGAGUCCAUGGAUAUAAAGAACAGAAUUGUAAUGAAAAAAAAGAAAAUAGAUCAAUUCAAAGACAUUAA